AUGCUCGCAAAGAGCAUCGACGCCAAGGUGCGGCCUUUGGCCAACACCAGCCUCGAGAAGUCGAGUCUCAUCGGCGCCGCACGCAUCUACGUGAGCAAGGAUACGAUGCUCUCGCUCAACGGAAACCUCGAGAGCGGCAAGCACUGCAUUGUCACGAGGCUCGAGAACCCCCGCGAGGCAAAGGAGGAUGGUCCCCGAGAGGAGCUCCAGCGGGAGGCGUCGCUGUGGAUUCUGCCUGAGAAGAACUUGAGCCCCAACGUCGUGAUGAUGACCAGGGCUUUUCAGGAUGCGACGGGGUUCAAGAUCGGCGACCCUGUGCGCAUCGCCCUUGCGGGGACGACGCCUGAUGCAGAGGAGAUUGUUGUUCAGGAUGCUACUGAGAAGACUGAGAAGACAGCGAACGAUAUUGAGAGUAUGAAGAGGCAUGAAAAGGAGGCCCGAUAUCCUCCUUCAUGGGAGGCAUCUCUCGCUUGUGCUCUCGCUCGUGCUGAUCAAGUCUAUCCUGGCAUGGUCCUAGAAGCAAUUCUUUCUAGCAAAUAUCGACGAGCUUUCAAGGUCGUAUCCGUCAACUCUCAAACCAACAGUCUGGCCCGUUUCAACAAUGCCUCAUCAGCCAUUCGCAUUUCCGACGGGAACGAGCCAGAAGCUGAAGUCAACGGCCAGGCAGGCGGUGACCUUAUCGUGACGGGCGUUCCUGGAAUGGGAACCCAGGUCGAGGCCCUCAACACCUUCCUCGAUGCCUUCACAAGACCAUUCUACUUCAAGGGCGAGCAGAAGUCAUGCGGAUUUGUCAUUCACGGCGGUCAAGGUACCGGCAAGACCUUCUUCCUGGAACGUGUGGCGGCGACAAAAUGGGGCAGGGUUCAUUGGAUCAAGCCAUCGGAAAAGAUUGCUGCCAUCAGAGAGACGUUCAAGCUGGCCCAGAGCCAACAACCAAGCAUGAUCCUCAUCGAUGACUUUGAGGCCCUGAUUAACAAGGAUCGGUCUAAUCGAGACACAGUCAUUGAUACUAUCGCCGAGGAGCUGGACCAACUCUCUGCCAUUGCAUCAUCAAGCACCGCCAUGCCUCAGGUCGUGGUGGUCGCGACCUGCACCGAUUAUCUUACAGACAUCCCGGCCAAGCUCCAGAAAACCCGUCGUUUCAGUGGAAACGUCGCCCUACCUAUUCCCAGAACCUCUGAGCGUCUCGAGAUCCUGAACUACUUCAACCCCCCUGUCAGAUCCGAGGAGAAGCAGAACCUCCUGUUGGAGUUGGCCCAACGAACUCACGCCUACAGCCCCCAGGACCUGGACAAGCUUGUUUCAAACGCUAUACAAGGUGCUGCCCGUCGACUUCGGAAAUCGGGCGCCGAUCCCUCGGUCGAGCAGGAAUAUUUCCUCGAACAGACGGAUCUGGAGCACGCAAGACAGGCCACUCGACCUACCGCCAUGCGCGAUAUCAAUCUCAACCCUCCAACCAUUCACUGGCAAGAUGUCGGUGGUCAAGAUAUCCUGAAGAAGGCGCUGAACCGCAUGAUCAGAUAUACCAAGCAUCCCGAGCGUUCUCUUCGUCCUCCACCAAAGGGCCUCCUUCUAUAUGGUCCUCCAGGUUGUUCCAAGACCCUCUCAGCACAAGCUGCCGCUACCGAGUCCGGUUUCAACUUUUUUGCCAUCAAGGGCGCUGAGCUCCUGAACAUGUAUGUCGGCGAGACUGAACGUGCAGUUCGCACUCUCUUUGAACGUGCCCGCAACGCCUCUCCGUCCAUCAUCUUCUUUGACGAGAUCGACUCCAUCGGUGGUUCACGUACUGGUGGCUCAGGAACUCGCAGCACAGGCGGCGUCAACAUCCUCACCACCCUCCUCACUGAGAUGGAUGGCUUCGAGGCUCUCUCAGGCGUGCUUGUGCUCGCAGCCACUAACCGUCCCGAGGCUAUGGACCCUGCCCUGAUGCGUCCCGGCCGUUUCGAUCAGGUGCUCUACGUUGGACCCCCGGAUGCAUCUGCUCGCGAGGCCAUUUUCAACGUGCACCUCCGCGGUCUACCCCUCGCCCCUGAUGUCGACAUCUCGGACCUUUCGGCUCGUUCAGAAGGCUACUCUGGCGCUGAGAUCAAGUCCAUCUGUGAUGGAACAUACAUGCUGGUGCAGGAACGGUUUGAUGAUGACGAGACGAACAAGCUCGAGUUGAACAUGUCGGACUUGGUGACGGUGCUGGAGAGGACGCCACGCAACAUUACGAAGCAGAUGAUUGACGGGUAUGAGAUGUGGUCGAAACAGUUCAAGAAGGUCUAA